AGCCAGAGGAGCGGAGGGCGCGGCGGACUGUCACCGAGCGGACUGGGCUGUGGGAAACCGAAAACGGAGAGCUCAGCGUUUCCUCCUCGACUGGGCGGAGGGCGGAGGUAGUGGACGGAGUUAGGAACCGAAGCUACCGGGAGGGUGGACCACCAGGACGGCGUGCUGCUGCAGCUAUAACCCGGCGCAGCGUCGACAUGGAGCUGGAGAACAUCGUGGCCAACACGGUUCUGCUUAAAGCACGGGAAGGAGGUGGCGGGAACAGAAAAGGAAAGAGCAAAAAAUGGAAGCAGAUGCUUCAGUUUCCACACAUCAGCUUGUGUGAGGAGCUCCGACAGACCACAGAGAAGGACUACGGCAGCCUGUGUGAGCGGCAGCCCAUCGGACGGUUACUCUUCCGACAGUUCUGUGAGACCCAGCCCGAGCUGAGGCGCUGUGUGAAGUUCCUGGACGCCGUGGCAGAGUACGAGGUGACUCCAGACGAGAGGAGGAAGGACUGCGGUCACGAACUCAUCAAUAAAUACUUCAACCCAAAGUCGGAGGAGGACUACGUGUCUGAGGUGGAGGAGGCCAUGAUGACUCGGUGUGCCGAGAGGUUGCAGCUGGAAGCCUGCAAAGAGCUCUUCAAGGACUGUACCAAAUUGAUCCACGACUACCUGAGCGUGGCGCCCUUUGCGGACUACCUCGACAGCAUGUACUACAACAGGUUCCUCCAGUGGAAAUGGCUGGAGAGGCAGCCGGUGACAAAAAACACCUUCCGGCAGUACCGAGUUUUAGGAAAAGGUGGAUUUGGGGAGGUGUGUGCGUGUCAGGUACGAGCCACGGGGAAAAUGUACGCCUGCAAAAAGCUGGAGAAGAAGAGGAUAAAGAAGAGGAAAGGGGAGUCCAUGGCGCUCAACGAGAAACAGAUCCUGGAGAAAGUUAACAGCAGAUUUGUUGUGAGUUUAGCGUACGCCUACGAGACGAAGGAUGCUCUGUGUCUCGUGUUGACGCUCAUGAACGGCGGUGACCUGAAGUUUCACAUCUAUCACAUGGGCGAGGCGGGAUUUGAUGAGACGAAAGCCAUUUUCUACGCUGCAGAGAUCUGCUGCGGGUUGGAGGACCUGCACCGGGAGCGGAUAGUCUACAGAGACCUGAAGCCAGAAAACAUCCUGCUGGACGACCACGGCCACAUCAGGAUAUCGGACCUCGGCCUGGCUGUUCAUGUUCCAGAAGGACAAACCAUCAAAGGUCGGGUUGGAACGGUGGGAUACAUGGCUCCAGAGGUGGUGAAAAACGAGCGCUACACCUUCAGCCCCGACUGGUGGGCGUUGGGCUGCCUGGUGUACGAGAUGAUCGAGGGCCAGUCGCCUUUCCAGCAGAGGAAGAAGAAGAUCAAGAGGGAGGAGGUGGAGCGGCUGGUCAGGGAGGUGGAGGAGGAAUACUCCCACAAGUUCUCCGAAGACGCCAAGUCCAUCUGUAAAAUGCUGCUGGCCAAAGAUCCCACUGCGCGGCUGGGCUGCCAGGGGGCCGGAGCCUCCGAGGUCAAAGGUCAUCCCAUCUUCCGCUCCAUGAAUUUCAAACGGCUGCAAGCCGGAAUGCUGCAGCCGCCCUUCGUCCCUGAUCCUCAGGCCAUCUACUGCAAAGAUGUUCUGGACAUCGAGCAGUUCUCCACUGUGAAAGGCGUGGAGCUCGACCCAAAGGACGAGUCCUUCUACAGCAAAGUGUCCACGGGGAGCGUUCCAAUUCCCUGGCAGAACGAGAUGAUCGAGACGGAGUGUUUCACGGAGCUGAACGUCUUCUACGAGGACGGUUUGGUGUCCCGCGACCUGGACUGGAGAGGACAGCCGUCUCCUACGCCCAAACACGGGCUGCUGCAGCGGCUCUUCGGCAGACAGGACUGCUGUGGGAACUGCAGUGACAGCGACGACGAGCCCACCAGGCUGUGAAACGCUCACGGACACACGAUCCGUUUUGUUUACAACUUUUGCACAUGUGUAUUUUUAAGGUAGUACUAUCUGUAAAAGUCAGAAUGUAUAUUUUCAGCCAUAAUCGCCAGAAUGUUUGAUGUUAUUUAUCUGCUGUUUGGGAACAUGGACGGACACAUUUCUGUUCAUUUUGAGUCAUUUUACUCUUCAGGGAAGCUUUGCUUUCGUUUAUUCAGACACUGAACUGAGAGCUGCUGCUGAGCGGCUCCACAGGAACAGCACCUGCUGUAAAAGUGCCUUGCUUGUGAGCACUGUGGCAGUAAAGGAGUACUGGACCAGUUUCUCUUUAAGUUUUUCCCACCUGGUUGAGGGGAACCGAUAAACUGUGACCCUUGCGUCCGUUCUCUGCUCUGCUGUGACCAACAAACUGUUUUUGAUCUGUUUGCUUCAAUAUUUUGUUUUCAGAUGAUCAGAAUUGUAAAUUCUGCUUCUGCACGUGGUUGAGAUGGUUUUUUUAGACAAUCAACUCCAGCUUCAGGUUAUAGUUGUUGGGCAGAAUCCAGUUUUACGUCUCCAUUGUUUAACAGAGACCCAUUACCCAUCAUGCAACACUGUGCCUUUCCUUCGAGUCACUGUGGAAAACUUUUUAUUAUCAGUAGCAAACUUUAAAGUUUGGGUGAGAAAAACCAGACGGGGUCUCAAAACGCUCUCCAGGUGUCAAAUAAAAAAUUUAAAGGA